CGAUCGCUCUUUUUCUCUUUCUGAGUUGUUUUGUUUCUUGCAUUAAUGGCGGUCAUCUUCAGCUAAGCUGGAGCUAAAGCUUAAGUUUUGUUUUUUAAACUCUUUAAGGCUCGGAAAUUGAUUUUAUAGAAACGGCGGAGAUCAGGAGGUUUUUUUUUUCUUCUUUAUAGACAGCUUCGAUUCGUGGACGUUAGAAGAAAUGCAGCUUAUUUUGCACUCUUGAGUUGGAUUUAAGAUCUACAGGUCUUGUUUUCGCUUUGGGCUUUAGGGCUCAGGAAUCACGAAUGCUGGCGUCCGUACAGCAGAGGCAGCCGGUGAGAAGGCUCGGAACGAUGAUGAAGGAGAAGGAAGAGGAGCUGGCUUUGUUUCUCGAGAUGCGGAAACGCGAGAAGGAGCAGGAUAACCUUCUUCUUCAGAACUCGGAAGAGUUCGACGGUCCUUUGGGAUCUAAACCUGACAAUUCUCCCAUAUUUAAGAUUGUCACGCCCACACCUGCGCGGAAGACCGGGGCUGAUGAGUUCCUGAAUUCAGAGAAUGAUAAAAAUGAUUAUGAUUGGCUGCUUACACCCCCUGGUACUCCUCUUUUUCCGUCUUUGGAGAUGGAAUCACAGAAGAUGUUAAUGAAUCAGAUUGGAACUCCUAAAACACGACCUGCUUCCUUGAAGUCUAGGUUAGCAAAUCCGCAGACUGAGGCUGCACCAAGGGACAAUUCAUUAUGUAGGCAACCAACUUCAUUGCCUGGGUUGAACUCAACUACUUUAGGAAUUCGAAGGCCUUCCUCAUCUGGAGGACCAGUUUCAACUGCAUCAAGACCUCAAACACCGACUGGACGACCAACAUUAACAGCACCAGCUAAACCCUCAAGAUCUUCCACACCUACUUCGCGUACCACCUUGCCUUCCUCUAAGUCCACAGCUCCUGCAAGAUCUUCAACACCUACUUCGCGGACCACCUUGCCUUCGUCCAAGUCCACAGCUCCUGCAAGAUCUUCAACACCUACUUCGCGGACCACCUUACCUUCCUCUAAGUCCACAGCUCCUGCAAGAUCUUCAACCCCUACCACGAGAUCUGUGGCUAGAUCUUCUACACCAACAGCAAGACCCACUGUACCAGCAUCAAAGCCCAUAUCAAGGUCAGCAACACCAACUCGUAGAACACCAACUACAUCAAGUGUACCAAGGGUCUCUGCUCCUCCUGGACGGUCUUCUUCAGUUACGAAGUCGGCUCCCACAACAGCAACAAAGCCAGUGCCAUCACGUGGCAGUUCUCCAACUGUAAAAUCCAGACCAUGGAAACCCUCAGAGAUGCCUGGAUUCUCACUCGAUGUUCCCCCAAAUCUGAGGACAUCACUACCUGAAAGGCCAGUUUCAGCCUCUAGGGGUAGGCCUGGAGCUCCCACUGCUAGAUCAUCCUCUGUUGAGGCUGGUUCCAAUGGAAGAACAAGAAGACAAUCAUGUUCUCCUUCAAGGGGACGGACUCCAAAUGGUAGUAUCCAUACCAGUGGAAGCUCUGUUCCUGCAGUGAGUCGAUCACCCUCUAAUGUUAGUGAUAAUGUGAGCCCUGUUGUAAUUGGAACGAAGAUGGUUGAGAGAGUAAUAAACAUGCGGAAACUGGCACCCCCAAAGCGAGAUGACCCACGCUCUACCCAAAAUAACUCUGGAGGGAAGUCAUCAUCAUCCCCAGAUAGUUCAGGUUUUGGAAGAACACUCUCGAAAAAAUCCUUAGAUAUGGCUCUGAGGCAUAUGGAUAUAAGGCGAAGCAUUCCAGGAAACUUACGCCCAUUAAUGACGAACAUCCCAGCUUCUUCUAUGUAUAGUGUGAGGUCAGGGACCACAAGAAGCAGGACGGUUAGUGUAUCAGAUUCUCCUCUUGCCACGUGCAGCAAUGCCAGUUCAGAGCAAAGCGUCAAUAACAAUGCCCUUUGCUUAGAUGGGAGUGAAGUAGAUGAUGAUCUUGGUAGUGAAAGAGGUGGUUGAUCAUCUCCUGCAAGUCAUCAUGGUAGGUGAUUGUUUGGCAAUGGUUUUGUGCACUGCCUGAAGGUACCCCCCCACCUUUAAUUUUUAAUUGUAAACUCAGCCUCUAGAAAGUGAAUUGUCUUCACAAAUUGCUGACAGAAGACUUUGCUUCUAUGGUUUCUGUAAAGGUUAUCGGGUAAGUUCGCUGCUAAAUUAUAGUUUUCAUAGGCUUUUGUAAUAUUAGGGAAACUGAUUAGGAAUGACCUUUAGCUCUCUGGGUCAACAUCCACGAUUAGGUAUUGUGAACCAUAUUUAUACAAACUUCCUAAUGUUAGAACUGGAAAUUGAAAGUUCAAGUUUCUUUUUCAUCUCUAUAUGC